AAUUUCAAACGUAGUGAACAAACGGACGGAAAGCAGGAGAACUACAGCCGCACCGACACGAACCCAGCCAGCUUUGUACCAGGGAACACAGCCUGGGCGUCGAAGAAGAUUGUUUUUAAUAUAUUUUAACUGUCCGAACAACAUGAGAGUGAGUGAAGUCCAUGCAGCUGAGUCUGUUGCCUACAUGAACAGGGCAAUGGUCAGGCUGCAGGACAUUUGGGAUGAAAUAGGGAUACCUGAAGAGCAGCGUGUGCAGAGAACCAACGAUGUUAACAAGCACAUUAAAGGUUUGCUGGACCUCAUGAUUGUUGAAGAAGAAGGGCUCAAAAAACGACUAAUGAAAAGCAUAGAGUCUUGUCGCGAAGAACUCAGUCAAUUGUGCUCUGAACUUCAGCUGCCCCCCUUUGAGGAGGAGGAAGGCUGCAGCAUGCUGCAGAUGGAGAAGAACAGCCGCACACGUCUAGAGGUGAUGAAGGAGCACAAGAAGCAAAGAAUGGAAGAGAUUAAAGACCUCACUGCCAAAGACCGCGAGCUGUGUGACAUUAUGUGCACCACACCCUUUAGCAUUGACCCCAACUCUGUUCCAUCGCUGAAGCAACUGGAAGCCUAUCGUGCCUACCUUGAUGAUCUGACCAAAGAAAAGGAACGUCGUCAUGAGGAAUUUGUGAGUAUCAAAAAGGAGAUUGUUGUUUACAUGGAUGAUCUGGAACAACAACCAGAGACCAGUUUUGAAACAGAUGUGAUGUGUGAGGAUGAGGAGGAAUUCUGUCUAUCAAAUGACAACAUCGCAGCUCUGAAACUGCUCCUCAGUCAGCUACAAGAGCGCAAGGCUGAGAAUGAGCUUCGUUGUUUAGGUCUCCGCACUAAGAUCCAGGAGUUGUGGGAAAGGCUUCGUAUUCCACAAGAGGACAGGGAUGCCUUCGCAGAGCAUAUGGUCAAGUCAAAGAAGAAAAACAUUGAGGCACUCCAGACUGAAGUCCAGCGUCUAGAGGUGCUAAAAAUGCAGAGCAUGAAAAGUGUCAUCGAGGCCAUCAGAGCGGAGAUUGCCCUUUUGUGGGAGAAAUGCUUCUAUAGCCAGGAACAGCAGCAAGCUUUUGUUCCAUAUCAUGACGAGGAUUUCACUGAAGAGCUUCUCAAUCUGCAUGAGGCUGAGGUCAGCACCCUGAAGAAGUAUUACGAGGCCCACAGCGAACUCUUUGAGGGAGUUUCAAAAUGGCAAGACAACUGGACCCUGUACUUGGAACUUGAUAAAAAGGCUAAUGACCCUUCAAGGUUCAACAACAGAGGUGGAAACCUUCUGAAAGAAGAGAAGCAGAGAAGUGACCUGCAAAAAAGUUUGCCUAAGCUGGAGAAGAAUCUGAAAGCCCAAAUUGAUGCUUGGGAAGAGCAACAUUGCAAGGAGUUCCUGGUCAAUGGACAGAAAUUUCUUGAGUAUGUCCAGCAACAGUGGGACCACCACCACAGCGAAAAGGAGAAGGAGAAACUUGAGCGGCAAAUGAAGAAAACGAAGCAGACACAGGAGGAUAUGUUAUAUGGGACAGUAAUGAGAACACCAUCUAAAAGGCGGUUAGCAGGGACUCCCACACCUGUAAAAGUAAGAAAGCUCAACGGCACCUCGACCAUCUCCACUCCUAACAGCUUUCUUAGUUCAGGCCUCAGUGGAACCAUGUGCCAGUCCUCCGUCCAGAAGCCACCUCUGUCUGCCAGCAAGGGUUUUGGCCUGCGAACGCCCGGAAACGGACGGACACCCCGUGCACUAGACCGAAACAAGGAAAACAUCUCCCAUCUAAAUAGAAACACUCCAGGUGGCGCUCUAAGGUCUCAGGAUACUCAAGAUCACACCUUCACCUUUAACUCUAUUGCUGGCUCCUAUUCGGAAUUUGCGGUAAAUAGAGACCUCUCGAAGGCUUCUAAAUCAAAUGUGAAGUCGGGAUUGUUGAACUCCACUGUCAGCCAUCACUGAUAGUUCAGAGGAGCCGCUCCACAUCGAGUCAUCCAGCUCAGCCGCAGUUUCUCAUAGAUUCCAGCAGUUGACAAGGAGAGAUCCUCAAUGUAAACUUCUUCCAAAAGUGUAAAUAUUUUAAUCUGUGUGAACAUUUUGAGUCUCUUUUCUUCAGGGUUAACUGCUGUUGCAGUUUUCUUCACUGUAUGUAUUUCUGUGUCUCUUAAGUGAUUGUUGUUUCUUUUAGGGUUACAGCUUUUCAAAGGGGUAAACGUUAACUAUCUAAAGCACUGAUUUGUUUCAGAAUAUUAGCAUUUGGCCAGUGAAACAUGGUUUCCCUCCUGCAUCUGGUGUGACAUCUAGAUUUGUGCUUUAGUAACCACUUUUUUUAAUUUUAUUUUUACAUCAAGCUGUAAAUAAACGGUAAAAAAAACUAAA